AUGGACGAGCCCAUUCGCCACUACGUCAAUUACGUCAUAAUCUCGAGAGCAUGGACCUCGAUCCUCAUCUUCGCACUGUAUUUCCGAGCCAGGCCUUGGGUGAGAUGGACCGAUCUCGCCUGGAGUUUUAUAUUUUGUAUCUGGAUUCUUGGCACCUCCUGGUCCGUGUACGAAACCAAAAAGCACAACCAUCUUCAAAUUGGCGGCGUCAUUUACGCCGCCUUUGCCAUUACGUUUGACGUUGUUUUCCUCGUCGUCCGGCCUUGCAUUGAGGAGCCGCUCAAGCAAAAUAAUGACAUUGAGGGCGGGCCCUUUUCCUCCCGUUCGGUGGUAUGA